AUGGCGCUUCAUCUUCUCAUACCAAAACAAAGGUUCCACUUGAAUCCAUUUCUGAUCCGUAUUUUCUCAACGUCUUCAUCAAGACUACCCUCUCAAUUACCGUCGAACUUCUUUACCGAGAAACCUCUCGUCGAUCAUCCGAGGAAUCCAGACGAUGUGUUUGACAGGUUUGCUAUUCGUCGAUAUCUGAGAGAGCAACCUGAUGAAACACAAAGCAGAGUUGCAAUAACAGAGCUUCCAAAGGAAGAAAAACGGAGGAAAGCUGGAAGACCCAAGAAGAAACAACUAGUAGAGCUAGAGCAGAAACCAAAGAACGGGAAGCAAAGCAGAACUGCAAGUAUAAGCGGAGCCCGAAUGAAAAAGUUAAGUGGUUUGAGUAGCUCUUCACGAAAUGCACUCAAAAAUCAUCCAGAUUACAUAUGCAGUGUGACACAUGCAAUGGAUGUUUUAAAUGGUCUUUCUAGAGUGAAGAAGUGGUCGCCUUUAUACCGAGCUUCCAUGGAUCAUCUUAUGGCUGAUGUAGCUCACCGACAAGCCUUCUUAACGUUCCCUGAUCCUGAGGAUAUGAUUCGGUACUUGAGGUAUAAGACUCAGAAAACGGGAAGAGAGUGACUGAUAUAUAUACACCUUGGUGGCUGUUUCUGGUG